UCGACCCCUUAUCUUAAUGUUUACAUAUCCGGGUAAUUUUAUUUAGAACGGCCCGGUUUGGACGGCGAACUUUAAACUGGUCUAGUAUUUUAUUGGUUUGUCUUGACAGGUACGUAGAGCAGUGGGCGUUGUCAGAUAAAUAGACAAAAUGGGGUCAAUUGUCGGAAAAGCUAUGGACGAAAACAUGAAGAAGCAGCAAGAUUUCAUGCUGAAGACGCAACAAAUUCAGCUGGAGCGUAUGAUCCAGAUGAAUAAUCAGAUGAGGGAGCGAGCUAUGGCAGCACAAGUCGCCAGAGCAAGGGACAUGUUUAAUUUCUAUGCUGCUUUCUAUGGCCUUGCCUGUAUCGGUGGAAUAGCAGGGUUCAUGAGGAAGAAGAAUCCAUCAGCUAUUGCGCCACUUCUACCACUGACGUUUGUGUUCAUGUACCAGGCAGAUAUGGCUUAUGGUGACAAGUUAGUGAGAAUUAGAGGUAAAUGA